GAAACGAUGCCUAAACAAUCCUGAAGGCCAAUUGAGGCAAAUGAUAACAAAGACGACAAUGCGAGCUACAAUUUCCGCUGCUUGUCCCAUGCUGGCGUCGUGUUGCCGGUUGUGAUUCCGGAUGCGUGUGGGGUUGAUGUCUUGACAUCAAGUGCGUCGCGGAUCCUCCCACUGGCUCUGGCAUUCAGGUACACCCACCCCCCGCCAUCCCCACCAUCCCCUCCUCACUGCCUCUAUAAAAACCCGCAUGUCCUCCGUGUAAACGUCAGACCUCCACACUUAGUAAAGACGGCUACAACACCAUCUUUUCAUCACCUUGCCAACACACUCACAAGUUUCAGACCACAAAAGGACACCGUACAUUCAAACAGUAAAAUCAAGCUUUUUCCUCUUCCCCCUGGCCUCCGCCAACAUGAGGCUAGCGCUGCGCACGCUCCUCUGCUGCUGCGUGUUGACGGCGGUGAUGCCGCUCAUGAGGAGCGCCGUGGUAAGGAAAAGGUUCAAAGGGCGCCUGCAGAUGAAGAGAGAUGCAGCCGGAGAAGUCCACACAGGACUGCCACAGCAGGGCGGGGACGCAAGAACUGAAUUGUCAGCUUCCAGCUUGUUUUUCAACAUCCGAAGGCGUCGCUCGCCGUCCAAAACCUCCGGCUGCUUCCUGUUCUCGUGCGCCUACCACGACCUCCUCCACCGUUUGAGCCAGAUGCACGACAACGACAAAAAGGUGCCCACCGCCCCCAAGGACAAGAUGCUCUCCAUCGGUCGCCGCCGCCGGAGCACCGAGGACCCUAUGGACGCCCCCACGCCUCAGACCAUGACGGAGGGGAUCCCUUGUUGGGUGUGUUUGCUCACCACGGACAAAGAUAAGUCCUCUCUUGUCAAGUCAUUAGGACGGACGCAGAGUGUAGAGGGUUGGCCACACCCGACGCAACAAGCGCCAUAGACGGCGAUGGCAGAUGGAACUGAGGAAGAUGGAAUUGGCUUGAGAAGAUGACAUUGUCGGAGCUCGACGAAAGCAUCCAAAAUGAUAAAUGAACUGAUCCUGAAAUGGAAUUUAGUCAAUAUGUACUGAGCUUAUCCAUAGUUAACAAAGUACCAUCUGUUUAUAGAUAGCUGCAUCGCCAUAAAUGUGAAUAGAAUACAAAUUGAAUUUAGAAAAAGUGAACUUCAUAUAUCACAGUAAUUUCCCAAAUAUUUGCGGUCCACUAUUCACAAAUUCACCUAAUCACAUUUUUGGUUGUAGAACCUCUCCAUACUUAUUUGCUGAAAAACUCACUUUAUACUGUUUUCUCCUGAAGACACCACAAGAUGGCGCCAAAGCCCUGUCUAAUUAAAAAAGUAGUAUAUUAAGAAUAAUGAACUAUGUUGAAGUGAUACAUCGCGACUGAGAAACAAGCUUUGUCAGUCGGGGAGGAAAUAAGUUUAGCCUGGGUCGUUAAGGAGAGUCAUCAAGCGCACUUUGGGUGCAUUUGACAAAUUCUGGAAGUCAUUGACUUCGAGUCGGAAAUGAUAUCAAGCUGUUUUUGGAUCAUAGUUUGUGGUGUAUUUACAGUUUAAACUAUUAAUAUAGGCAACAACAUUUUUUAGUGAUCAUGAUUUCAUUUCUGCGAUAAUUUUGACGAUUAUAGCUUACAAGUAACAAAAGUCCAAAUUCACCAUCUCAUCUACAGAAAUCCGAUUACAUAAGAACCAGUCAAAACAAGUCCAAGAUUAUUUUUGUAUAAAUUAGAUCCACUAAAAUAAAUGUACUUUUCUACCAUAUUCUGAUUUAUUGAAAUGCACUUGUAUGUUUUUUUUCUCCCCUUUUUUCUUUUAUUUUGCUUGUAACUUCAGUGAAGUAUUUGAUCUUUGUAUAGACUUCCUUUUUGAUAGAGCUCUUGUAUUGGUAGCGUUAGACCGUGUACCUAAUGAAGUGUCCGAUGCUUGUAUGUCGCUCGAGAGCCUGUGAGGUGAGGAGCGCUGUGCUGCCAUCUAGCGUUAAAGUCCCAGGCGUGCAGCUUGCUCGUUGUCAAACUGCAUCUUUUGUUUCUUUGAAUGUAAUAAUAAUUAAAAAAAUAAAUAAUGGCUCAAAUCUUGCUUCUGUACCAGCAGUAAAAGCUACAAUGUUGUGAGAUUGUCCAAGAAAUAAACACGAUGCAAAUACAA